CUUCCCCGAGUCUGAGGCGAAGAAGAAGAAACAAGAUGGCGGCCGGCGGCGGUCCGGAGCGGGGCGCCGGCGCUAGAGACUGAGCCCUUCCCCGGGCCGGGCCUCCGAGCUCCCUGCCGGGCCUCCGGCUCUCGUCCCCCAGCGCGGGGAGGAGGCGCUCCCGGAACGCCCGCCGCCCUUCCCGAGCGGCCUCCCGAGCGGCCUCGCAGUCUCCCUCAGCCUGCCAGCCAGCGCCCAGCGAUGCGGGGACGGCGAGGCAGGCCGCCUAAGCACCCGCAGCCGGCGGCUUCCAGAAGCGGGGCCUCGGCUGCCGCUGCGGCUGCUUCCCCCACGGGGCCCACCGGGGGGCUGAGGUCGCGCCUGCGGGGCAGCAGCCGGGGCAGGUGGGCGGCCAAGGCCCAGGCGGGCAAGGCGGCCGGGCCCAGGCCGAGAGGGGCGGCGGCGGCAGCAGCAGCAUCAGCGGGGGGCUCUCCUCCCACCCGAGGGGGCGGCCGGAGGAAAGGCGGUGGAGGGAGCAGCACCCCUGGCGGGGGAGGCAGUAGUGGCCGGGGAAGGGGCAGGGCGGCCGCAGGAGGAGGAGGCGGAGGCAAGAGCCGCCACAGCAGUAGUCAGGGCAGGGCCUCCUCUUCCCGGAGGAGCAGCAAAGUCGUGUACGACGACCAUGAGAGCGAGGAGGAGGACGACGAGGAAGAAGAAGAAGAAGAGAGCGCGUUAUCCGAGGAGGAGGAGGAAGAGGGAGCCGACUCGGAGGGGAAGCCCGGCUCGGAUGAAGAGGAGGCCAUGGAGGGCGAGGAGGAGGACGAGGAGGUGGUGGUGGUGGAAAACGAGGAGGAGGACGGCGGCGUCGGUGCAGGAGGCAUCCCUUCGGACUGCCCCGAGGAGAUGGAGGAGGACGACGACGACGAUGGCAGCUACUGCACCGAAAGCAGCUUCAGGAGCCACAGCACCUACAGCAGCACCCCAGGUAGGAGAAGACAAAGAAUACAUCGUCCACGCUCACCAAUCUUAGAAGAAAAAGACAUCCCUUCUCUUGACUUGCCUAAAUCCUCAGAGGACUUAAUGGUGCCUAACGAACAUAUAAUGAAUGUUAUUGCCAUCUAUGAGGUACUGCGGAACUUUGGCACUGUCCUGCGCUUGUCUCCUUUUUGUUUUGAGGACUUUUGUGCUGCUUUAGUCAGCCAGGAGCAGUGUACACUUAUGGCAGAGAUGCACAUAGUGCUUUUAAAAGCUGUUUUACGUGAAGAAGACACCUCAAAUACUACCUUUGGUCCUGCUGACCUCAAAGAUAGUGUUAAUUCCACGUUGUAUUUCAUUGAUGGAAUGACGUGGCCUGAGAUUUUGCGGGUGUAUUGUGAGAGUGAUAAGGAAUAUCAUCAUGUUCUUCCUUUUCAAGAGGCAGAGGACUAUCCUUAUGGACCAGUGGAGAAUAAAAUUAAAGUUCUGCAGUUUUUAGUGGAUCAAUUUCUUACAACAAACAUUGCACGUGAGGAAUUACUGUCGGAGGGUGUGAUUCAGUAUGAUGACCAUUGUAGAGUUUGUCACAAACUGGGAGACUUGCUUUGCUGUGAAACUUGCUCAGCUGUGUAUCACUUGGAGUGUGUAAAACCGCCUCUUGAGGAGGUACCGGAAGAUGAAUGGCAGUGUGAAGUAUGCGUAGCACAUAAGGUGCCUGGUGUAACGGACUGUAUUGCUGAAAUCCAAAAAAACAAACCAUACAUUCGACAUGAACCUAUUGGAUAUGACAGAAACAGGAGGAAAUACUGGUUCCUGAACAGGAGGAUUGUUAUAGAGGAAGAUUCAGAGCAUGAGAAAGAUAAGAAAAUCUGGUACUACAGCACAAAAGUCCAGCUGGCAGAGUUAAUUGAAUGUCUUGACAAAGAUUACUGGGAAGCUGAUAUUUGCAAAACUCUGGAAGAAAUGCGUGAAGAAAUUCAUCGACAUAUGGAUAUAACAGAAGACCUUACUAAUAAAGCACGGGGUAGCAACAAAUCAUUUCUUGCUGCAGCAAAUGGUGAAAUUCUGGAUGCAGCCAGAGUCAGAAGGGGUGAAACGUUGGAGGAUCAAAACUCAGUGGCUGAUGAAACAGAAAAAGAAAAGGCUAGUGUUGAGAAUAAAGACAACACAGACGUUGAAAAUGGCAAAGAAGAUCCUUCAAAUCAGCAGUCGGAUUCAAAUAAUGAAAUGCUACCUAAAGAAAAUUCUAAAAAAGGAAGCAAGGAAGAACCAGCAGAUGGUGAUAAAAGUGAUUCCAUGACAUCUUCUGUUGGAGGCAAUAUCACAAACCCUUCUGCAAGAGAAGCUAAUACUUCUGAAGGGAAGAACAUAGUAGGAUGUGAGCCAGUAACUCUUAAUAAUAAUGAGGCAGAGAAGAAUUCAACAUCAGAGUCUUCCAAAAAUGUCACAGGUGAAACUGCUAAGCCAGUUCCUAGCCAGAAUAUUGGCUCAUCUGCUGAAGCAGUCUCGUCUGAACCAGAAAACAGCAAUAGCAGCGAACUAAAUUCUAUGCAGAGUGAAUCUGUAAAGAUUUCUGAUGAAGUGGAAAAUAUUGAAGGAGGAUCCCAGAGCUCAGAGGAGCUAGGAGAUAAAUCUAAUGGUGAAAGAAGUGAAUCUCCAAGCAAUGGAAGAAGUACCCCUGGUUCCACACGGAUGGUCACCAGGUUACGAAAUCCAGAUAGCAAACUCAGCCAACUAAAAAGCCAGCAGGUUGCUGCUGCAGCACAUGAAGCAAAUAAGCUAUUUAAAGAAGGCAAAGAGGUCCUCGUGGUUAAUUCUCAAGGGGAUGUUUCCCGACUGAAUGCCAAGAAAGAAAUAGUGAUGAAAGGAAGCAUCAACAAUUAUUUCAAGCUGGGUCAAGAAGGGAAGUACCGUGUCUACCAUAAUCAGUAUGCCACCAAUUCUUUUGCUCUGAAUAAACAUCAGCACCGGGAAGACCAUGACAAGAGACGACACCUUUCUCAUAAGUUUUGUUUGAGUCCUGCGGGAGAGUUCAAAUGGAAUGGCUCUGUCCAUGGUUCAAAGGUCCUUACAAUAUCCACUCUGAGGCUAACCAUUAUUCAGCUGGAAAACAACAUCCCAUCAUCCUUCCUUCACCCCAAUUGGGCAUCUCACAGGUCUAACUGGAUCAAAGCUGUUCAGAUGUGUAGCAAACCUAGAGAAUUUGCAUUGGCUUUGGCAAUAUUAGAAUGUGCAAUUAAACCAGUUGUCAUGAUGCCAGUCUGCAGAGAAUCCUUGGGACAUACCAGAUUGCGUAGAAUGACAGCUAUUGAAAGAGAAGAAAAGGAGAAGGCGAAAAAAAAAGAGAGAAAGCAAGAGGAGGAAGAGACCAUGCAACAAGCAACAUGGGUGAAGUACACAUUUCCUAUAAAACACCAGGUUUGGAAACAAAAAGGAGAAGAAUAUAGAGUAACAGGCUACGGUGGUUGGAUCUGGAUUAGUAAAACACAUGUCCAUAGAUUUCUGCCCAGAUUACCUGGAAAUACUAAUGUAAAUUAUCGAAAGUUGCUACCAGCAAAAAAUGAUACAAUAGCCAUUACCGAGAAACAGUGUGAACUGGAUAAAAGGAAAAAUCCAACAAAAGUAAAAACAGAACAUAGUUCUUUGAAAAACAGACUAAAAAACCACCGUGAGCCACACAAAAAGGACCAAAAAGAAACAGAAAAUUCUGAAGCCACCAAAAAAAGUUGCACGAAGCAGGAAUUUGAAUUGAAAGAAGAAAAAGUGGAAAUUAACAAAUAUUUGGAUAACUCAGUUUGUGCAAAAGAAGAGAAAAAAGAAGUUGGUGAAAAUGAUAAAAGCAUCAAGGAAGAACCCAUGGAGGUAGAUGAAGUGAAAAUGGAUACCUCCACAAAAUGUGAAGAAGAAACUCCAAUCAGUGCAGAUUUAAUCAAUGUUAGUGAGGGUUUGCACUUACGGACAUGUUACAAAAUAAAAGUAAAACCUUCAAAACUGGAUGGACUGCUUGAAAGAAGAGUAAAGCAGUUUACACUGGAGGAGAAGCAACGACUAGAAAAAAUGAAGCUUAAAACUAAUGCUAACUCUUCAGGUUGUAAAUCUCUGACUCCACAGAGGAGCGUGGAUGACCUACAAAAAGCUGUGGCAAGAGAAGAAAAACAAGUGGAUGUUGAUAUUUCAAGUAUUAAUCAAACUGGAGAUUCUGUCAAAGAACACUUGUCACCUAACAGUCUGCACUUUACUAAAACAAUUGGACCAGUCCAAACUUUGCCUUGCUUAAACAGACUCUUAGAGGGAGAUGCAAAUAAAACCUCAGUUCAGUGCUCAGAUGCUCAGACACUGCUAGCAAAGGACACUAAGGAAAGUGUUUGUGAAGCAAUGGAUACAGAUAAAAUUCAAAUACAGAGCAAGGAGAGAGACCUUGAUAGUUCUGUUCCCAAUGCCUCUACACCAACAGAAAACAAAGAAACAAGUAAGUGUGACACCUUAGAGGACAAUACAAAAUGUUCAGAGCGAACAAAUAACCUUGUCUCUCAGUGUGGUAACAUUAUUCAGCCAGUGGUAACUGAAAGUAGCUGUGAAGGCAUUGCUUCAUUUUUUACUAAAAAAGGACACGAAACAUUAAAACCUGAAAAACAGGACUGUGAUUCUAUAGAAAUGUGUAGUUUAAAAGAUCACCCUGGAGUGACAUCCAUACAACCAAAUGAUGGAAAAGAGGGUCCCUUGAAAAACAGUGAAGAUGCAUCUGAACCGAAGAUUGCAGUAAAUCCAAAACAGACACUUGGAGGCCUGAAAUCGCUACAUUCUGAGCUCAUUUCAGAAAAGGCAUUUGAAGCUCAAAUUCCUGACAUGAAAGAAGAAAAUAUUAUGGGCGAAGUAGUGAAAUCUAAAAUUACGGAAACAAAUGGUGAAAAGCAAGGCCAAGAGAAAUGUGACCUACCAAGCUCCAAAAUCAAAUGCUUUGACCAAAUUAAAAGUCUUGCAGAUAAAAAUAAUAACAAAAAUGGAGAAGUGGAUACACAAACAGAGAGAGAUAAACCAGCAGCAUUUCAGAUUAACGGGAAAGAUCUUGAUUUUAAAGUAUUAUCUAAUGAAGAAUGUUUGAAAAGAGAAUUUGCACAAACAGAAAGCAGUGUUGAAUCUAAAAUCAAUCACAUUAAUAAAAAUAAUCCUGUAGUUAAACCAUUUUCUUCCAGUGAAUCUGUGAAACCAUUUAUGAAUGGUGAUAUUGCUUCUGAAGAUAAAAUUGAGAGAGAAAAUUUGGAUAAUGAGUUGUUACAGAGAUCUGAGGAUGCAGGUGGUGAUUCUAAAGCAAAUGACACCUCUCAAGAUAGUACGUCUGACUCUUCCCAAUAUACUAAAAGGAAGCAAGGUUCUGAAAGAUCUAGUCCUCUUGAUCAUGCGUCAAUCCCAGACUCCCUUUCCUGUAAUGAGCGGAGCAUACAUAAGGAAAUGGAGUGCAUGGAAACUGAAUCAUCUUGCAUUAAGAAACCUGCCCUGUCUCCUGUAACUUCAUAUGAGGAAUCCAGCUUGAGUAAUGACUUUGCCGAUCAGAAUGGAUUGCAAACACAUAGCAGAAUUGAAAACAUCAAUGGUGAAACCUCAAUAAAAGCAGUUGUCACAGAGGUGACUACCACUUCAACGGUUUCCACCGAAUCCAAAACUGUUUAUAAAGUAUCUGAGCUGUCAGCCUUCAAAGAUGAUAAAGAACAUCUGGCGCCAUCUACGGAAAAUUGUUCUGUGUCCACUUUAACUACCACCACCACUACUGUAACAACACUUACCACUUCCAGUACAGAUAGCAAUACUAACGUCAUUUCUGUAAAGGAGCAAAGUAAAACCGUGGUAACAACAACAGUAACUGAUUCCUUAACUACUGCAGGAGGAACCUUGAUGACUUCUAUGACAGUCAGCAAGGAAUAUUCUACAAAGGACAGAGUGAAGCUAAUGAAAUUUUCAAAACCUAAAAAGUCUCGUUCUGGAACAGCAUUGCCAUCUUACAGGAAGUUUGUCACUAAAAGCAAUAAAAAGAGCAUAUUUGUUUUGCCCAAUGAUGACCUAAAGAAGCUGGCAAGAAGAGCGGGGAUCAAAGAGGUUCCAUGUUUCAACUACACCGCUAAGCCUGCUUUGGAUAUAUGGCCAUAUCCAUCCCCUAGACCAACUUUUGGUAUCACUUGGAGAUACCGACUUCAAACUGUAAAAUCCUUGGCAGGAGUUAGCCUUAUGUUGAGGUUACUCUGGGCAUGUCUGAAGUGGGAUGACAUGGCUGCUAAACCCCCACCUGGUGGAGGAACUACUCGCACAGAAACAUCAGAAACAGAAAUUACAACCACUGAAAUUAUCAAACGGAGAGAUGUUGGACCAUAUGGAAUUCGAUCAGAAUACUGUAUACGGAAAAUUGUUUGUCCUAUUGGCGUUCCAGAGGCUCCCAAAGAAACUCCUACACCUCAAAGGAAGGGUCUUCGAUCAAGUGCAUUGAGGCCUAAAAGGCCAGAAACUCCAAAGCAAACAGGACCUGUUAUAAUUGAAACCUGGGUGGCAGAAGAAGAAUUGGAACUGUGGGAGAUAAAAGCAUUUUCUGAAAGAGUGGAGAAGGAAAAGGCACAAGCGGUUGAGCAACAGGCUAAGGUUAGUGAACAGAAGAAGGCUGAGGAAUUCAAGACCCAGAUAGAGGCUCAACUAAAACAGCAGCGAUUGGCUGCCCAGCAGAAACGGCUGGAACAGCAGAAGCAGUUACCUGCAGUAUGUGGUACCACUACAGUUCCAACAACGAGCAUCAUUGCAUCCCCAGUUUCCACGCCUCAGAAAGUUGUGAUGGGCCCCUUACCGCGACCUAUGCCCAGUGGAACCAAAAUGGUGCUUGCUACUAAAGUCGGAUCUCCAGCCACAGUCACAUUCCAGCAGAACAAGAACUUUCACCAGACUUUUGCUACUUGGGUUAAGCAAGGCCAGCCUUCGGCAGCCACAAAUACAGCUGCUACAUCAGCUACAACCAUUUCCAGCAGUGGUCAAACUUUCCAGAUUGCAAGCAGUCCAGUAACUGUGGCAGGCAAAGUGAUCACAAAGUUACCUCUACCUGCAAACAGCAAGAUUGUGGCUGUUAACGUACCAGCCACACAAGGAGGUGUAGUUCAGGUGCAGCAGAAAGUGUUGGGUAUCAUUCCAUCAACCACUGGAGCCAACCAGCAGACAUUCACUUCAUUCCAGCCAAGGACAGCCACUGUAACUAUUCGGCCAAAUAACACCGGAACUGUAUGUACAACAAGUGCUUCACAGGUAAUACCUGGGACACCACUUCGGCCUGGAAUGACAGUCAUAAGGACACCACUUCAGCAGUCAGCAAUAGGAAAGACGAUCAUUCGAACACCUUUAGUGGUACAGCAAGGUAUUCUUCCAGCCAGUCAGACCCAGCAAGUAGUCACCCAGAUUAUCCGAGGGCAGCCCGUCUCAACAGCCGUGUCUAGUACGGCCACAGUCUCUGCAGGCCAAAAGUUGGCAACAGUGCCCGCGACACCUUCCCAGCACAUGCAGCCCCAGGUCACGUCCCCACAACCUCCUCGUCCUCAACAGGGCCAGGUGAAACUGACAAUGGCACAGCUCACGCAGCUCACUCAAGGCCAGAGUAGUCAUGGUUUGACUGUGGUAAUUCAGGGCCAGGGUCAAACAACUGGCCAGUUGCAACUAAUUCCACAAGGGGUAACAGUAAUCCCAGGACCGGGGCAACAGCUUAUGCAAGCAGCCAUGCCAAAUGGAACAGUUCAGCGAUUUCUUUUUACACCAUUACCAACAGCGGCUACUGUAACUAGUUCUACGACUACAACAGUUUCUACUUCAACAUCAGCUUCAGGAGAGCAGAAGCAAACCUCCUUAGCUCAGACACAAACACAGCCAAUGCCAGUGCUUCCAUCCUCUGAACCCCAGCCACUUCAGAGUCAGCUCCAAGCCCAGCCACAAGGGCCGUCUGAAGCUAGUCAGCCUCCAGCUUCGACUCUAGCACAGAUGCAACCUGCUCAGGCUGCUGUUCAGGCUGAAACUCAGAAACCCCUUGAAGCUCAGACUUCCACUUCACCUCCAUGUCCAGCCGUUACCUCUGAAGCACAGCCAUCAAUACCACAAUCCCCCGGAACUCCAGCUGUGUCUCCAACUCCACCCCAGAACCUUGUGCAAGGGCAGCCUUCAGCUCAAGUUCAGAGCCAGUCCCCUGCCAUUGUACCUCCACAGACCCCACCCAGAGUCCAGACUGUUCAGCUAGAAGCUCAGGUACAGACCACCACCCAACAGCAGGUUCAAACGCAGCCACACUCAUCGGUGCAAAUCCAGACGCAACAGUCCCAGAUCCCCGUCUCAAUACAGACUUUGCCAGCUGCACAAACUUUGAGUCAAGUUACAGUGCAGUCACCACAUCCUCAGCUGCAGAUACAGCCACCACAAACGAAGGUUAUUACUGUGCCCCAGCUUCAGCCACAAGUCCAGGUGUUCUCCCAGCUUCAGUCUCACGUUGUGGCACAGAUCCAGGCCCAGCAAGGAGGGCUCCCUCAGCAGAUUAAGCUUCAGUUGCCGAUUCAGAUCCAGCAAGCUGGCCCCAUGCAAGCUCAUCAGAUCCAGAAUGUUGUAACUGUCCAAGCUGCAAGUGUUCAAGAGCAGCUACAAAGAGUUCAGCAACUCAGAGAGCAGCAACAGAAGAAAAAACACCAGCACAUUGAAAUUAAACGUGAACACUCCCUUCAGGCCUCUAAUCAGAGUGAUAUUAUCCAGAAACAGGUUGUAAUGAAACAUAAUGCUGUGAUUGAGCACUUAAAGCAGAAAAAGACUUUGACUCCUGCUGAACGUGAAGAGAAUCAACGAAUGAUAGUGUGCAACCAAGUAAUGAAAUAUAUCCUGGAUAAGAUUGAUAAGGAGGAGAAGCAGGCAGCUAAGAAACGAAAGCGAGAAGAGAGCGUGGAACAAAAGCGUAGCAAACAGAAUGCAACAAAACUCUCAGCUCUGCUUUUCAAACACAAGGAGCAACUUAAAGCUGAAAUAUUGAAGAAAAGGGCACUUUUGGACAAAGAUCUACAAAUUGAAGUGCAGGAGGAGUUAAAGAAAGACCUGGCUAAAAUAAAGAGAGAAAAAGAAAAGGCACAGGCAGUGGCUGCUGCUGCGGCAGCAGCAGCUGCUGCAAUAGCCGCAGCUCCACCUCCGCCGCCGCCACCGCCACCACCUCCUCCUCCUCCGCCUCCACGACCAUUAUUGCCUCCACCACCACCUCCUCCUCCUCCUCCACCACCACCACCACCACCACCACCACCCACUAGUAGUGUUGCAUCUCCGACCACAGUCACAACAUCUCUUUCAUCCCAUAAGAGGAAGCGAGAGGAAGAGAGGGAAUGUUCAUCUUCAAAAUCCAAGAAAAAGAAAAUGAUUUCUACUACCUCAAAGGAAGCCAAGAAGGACACAAAGCUUUACUGUAUCUGCAAGACACCUUAUGAUGAAUCAAAGUUCUAUAUUGGCUGUGAUCUUUGUACUAACUGGUAUCAUGGAGAAUGUGUUGGCAUCACAGAAAAGGAGGCUAAGAAAAUGGAUGUGUACAUCUGUAAUGAGUGUAAACGGGCACAAGAGGGCAGCAGUGAGGAAUUAUACUGUAUCUGCAGAACACCUUAUGAUGAGUCACAAUUUUAUAUUGGUUGCGACCGAUGUCAGAAUUGGUAUCAUGGACGUUGCGUGGGGAUCUUGCAGAGUGAAGCAGAUCACAUUGAUGAGUAUGUCUGUCCACAGUGUCAGUCGACUGAGGAUGCCAUGACAGUACUUAGCCCCUUGACAGAUAAAGAUUAUGAGGGGCUGAAGCGAGUGCUGCGUUCAUUACAGGCUCACAAAAUGGCAUGGCCCUUCCUUGAACCAGUAGAUCCAAAUGAUGCACCAGAUUAUUAUGCUGUUAUCAAGGAACCUAUGGACCUUGCCACCAUGGAAGAAAGAAUAUUGAAGCGUUACUACAAAAAGGUGACUGAGUUUGUGGCCGACAUGACCAAAAUAUUUGAUAACUGUCGUUACUACAAUCCAAAUGACUCACCUUUUUAUCAGUGUGCAGAGGUUCUCGAGUCGUUCUUUGUACAGAAACUGAAAGGAUUCAAAGCAAGCAGGUCUCAUAACAACAAACUGCAGUCAACAGCUUCUUAAACUUCCAUAUUUUACUCUAAUACACAAAGAGCAAGGAUUUGGUUGUCUGAAGCUUUUUAAACUGAGAAGCCAGAGGUUUUAGUCAGGGUGGCCUGACAAGUCUUGAUGUAAACUGCGUUUUUAUCAGUCACAUCAGAUUAUAUUCUUGGCUAAUUUUGUCCAAAGGACAAAAGAAUGAUCAUCAGACGGCGGCAGCAGCAGCAUUUUCUUGUCAAGAUCAAAUUGUGCCGCGGUGGCCGAAACAGGAAAAUGUUUUGUCGAAGGACAAGGGAGGAAGCAAGAAACAGUAAAAUGGGGUCACGUUCUAACUCCAUGGAAAUGCCACAUCUGUUCUUCAGUGAAGAAGCUGGUUUUAAGUCCACACAGAGAACUUAUGACUGUAUUUAUUUAUUGUCGCAAAAGGACGCUUUUUUAUCGCUGCCCUCAUUUGUCAGCUAAUUUUUUUCUUAUAACCCCCACCCACCCACCCACUCCUUUUCCCAGCCCUGGUUAUGUGUAACCCAUUCUGUAUCUUACCAUGAUUCCUGUAGGUAAAAGUACAAGAGGACCUCUAGAUGUCUUUUCUUUCUAUGAAAGGAGCUGCUAUGUACACAUGUGCACAAAACAAACUGGGAAUCAACAAUGACUUUAUCAUUCAUGGUAGAUGAAAUCGAUUAAGCUUGCAUAAAAGUUGGGAUUAGUGGUCAGUGGACUACAGACUUUGUUGCCUUGAAUAUAACAGUACAAUGUCAUUUACUCAGCGCCGGACUGAUGAGUAAAAAUCUAUUUGAAGGUAUCUUGUUUGUAAACAUUUGUCAGAUUCUAAUUUUUUUCUUUUUUGUAUUAAAAAAAGUUCAAAAUAUGGAUGUAUAUGAAACGAAAUAAAUGGAGAUCAUUGUUCUCUCCACAGAUGUAGGUGUCUUUUGAAUGUCCACUAACAUGUUUGUACAGUUUUGGAGGUUUGCUCUGAAGCAUCAGGGUCCCAAGAUAGUGCCGAACAAAGGGGGUGAAAAUGGGAAAGGAUGGACAAGCCCAGAGCAGGAUACUGCUUGCUUUUUAAUGAGAUUCAAUAAGCAUCUACUCUGUGUGCCAGGGUUGUCAUUGCCCAUUGCUAAAUGAGAGAGUAAUGAGCAAAUGACUGUGUGAGGUUAACACCUUUUAAUCUGUGCUUUUUCUACUAGGAAAGGUAUAUAAAAAGACGAGGCCAACUGAGAGUCUCUGCAGGUUUUUUUAAUUGCUCUGUAAACAGCCAUGUAAGCUGUUGAUGAGAGUUUUGUAUGUGCAUCAUAAGCCAGCAGCAGUUGGUUUCUGUAGCUCUAUACCCGUUUGAACUAGAUUUUGCACUAAUUCACAUUUUUGCUCUUCAGUAAUCCAGAAUUUAUCAGAUUAUGGAUAAGCUUUCCUUGGGUUUAACCUCACCCUGCUAUGCAAAAACCCUUUUUUCUGUUACUUUCUUAGACACUGCUUUUGACCACAGUUUUCUUAAGUACAGGCUCAGGUGUACAGAUAUUUUGGCGUUACUCUAAGAAAGCCUAUGCUUUUGUACAUAGAUGCUGCCAUUUAACCAAUGUGAAAUCAAAAGAAAGUUAAUUGUUCAUUGUCAGGAAGGCAUCCAUUUAUGCUUUUUAGAAAGUAGGAAGGCAAGUAUUGGUGUGUUCGGGUGUAUUGUCUUAGGACUUCUUAGAAAGAAAUGCUACAUAUUGUAUGCAUUAACAUUUUUUUAAGAAGAAGUUUUUGACCUUGAUCCUAAAAAUAUUGUCUCUUCACAAUAUUUCUGUAUUAUUCAUAAAUAUGGCUAACAUUGAAAAACCAUGUUGAGAAAAGAACUUUCCUACCCAUAGGCAAUAGAUUACUGUUUUUAAACAAAUUGUGACAAACUGAAGAAUAACCUUUUUUGUACAUAAUAGGACAUUUCAUCUUAGAUUAAUAAAGUAAUGUUUUUGGGCAUCAGAUUUGGUGGAGUUCCUAAUGAAACAUCAAUUGUUUAGAGUAACAUAUGUAGCACUUGGCAUUGCCAUACUGUGCAGAAAUUCUUGGGAAUUUUUCAUAUAAAUAAUUAUGAAAUGAGGAAAAUGCUACUUUCAUACACUUUUUACCGAGCCUCAUCAUUUUUCCUACUGCUUUGUAAUAUAUAAAGACAAUUCUUAGCUGUAUCAACUAUGGUAAUUUUUAGUUUUUCGAAAAGUUUUAUUUAUGAGCCAGUGUAAUGUGUGUACAUUUUAAAUACCACUUCUGUAAAAGGAAUAAAGAAAACUAUACUUUACUCAGUUUUUUAAACGAAACAA